CGCUAUAUUAGGGUUUAUGCUAACUCUCAUUUUGAUCUAACCAAUUUUGCACGAAACAAUUUUGCACCAGAGAGGAGAAGAAGAAUCAAGAAUGGCGUCGAGGGUUUCUCUGAAGGCGAAAGGCAAAAGCUCAAAGGGAUCGAAAGGUUCGGAAGAUCGAUCGCUGCUUGAUUCCGCGAAGGAAUGGACAACUUGGGGAUUGAAGAAAACCAAGGUUAUCGCUCAUUACGGCUUCAUUCCCUUCAUUAUCAUCGUUGGUAUGAAUACUGAUCCCAAACCCCAGAUUUCUCAGCUUCUCAGCCCUGUUUAAUCGGAGAGGACUAUAUGUAGUUUGUUUGAUUUUGGAUAAUCGUUGAAGGCAUGUAGUAGAAUAAUUACAAUAGUCAAAAUUUCAAAUGUUUUGUAUGUGAUUUGAUUCAUGUACCUCAUGUUUAAGAUUUGUUGAGCUGUGGAAAGUGAUUCUGUUUCUAUGA